AAUUCUAAUAACACUUCCAUCUUAGAAAGUAGUUCUUAUAGGACCCUAAACAGGCUAAACUGAACUGAAUCUGGAGCUCAGUCUCUCAGUUACCAGAGUUCACUGGUUGUUAUGCCAUCUUACAAUCCCCGCCAAUUUUUCUCUCUCACCCUCUUCCUCUUCAAACCAAACCCUAACCUCCAUCUUCUAUCUCGCUCGCGGCGAUUCUUCUCCAACCAAUCAUGGCUCUCCGUACGCGGCAAUCCCAUCAUCAAGUGGCCCGCACCACCCGACGUACCCUGCUCCCUCCCGCACGCAAACCCCGCUCCAAACACAAACCCUAACCCUAGCUCCGGCCCCAGUUUUUCACCGAUGGACUUCUCCAUCAUCGCUAACUUGCUCACCGACCCAACCAUUUCCCCCGGUUCAUCGCUCCAGAGCGCAUUGGACCGGACCGGAAUCGAGCCGGAUCCGGGUCUGGUACAAGCUGUGUUCAACCACUUCGAUUCGUCGCCCAAAUUGCUGCACACUCUGUUUCUUUGGGCGGAGAAGCAGCCCGGGUUUCGAUCCUCCGCGAACCUCUUCGGGUCCAUGAUCAAUGUGCUGGCAAAGUCGAGGGAGUUCGACUCCGCCUGGUCUCUGAUUCUCAAUCGGGUCGGAGGAGAUGAGGAGCCCGGUUUGGUUUCGGCUGAUACGUUUGUGAUCAUGAUUAGACGGUAUACCCGCGCAGGCAUGCCCGAAUCUGCAAUUCGGACUUUUGAGUUUGCGAGUAAUUUAGACUCAUUUCUCAACUCUGAAGCAGAAAUGAGUUUGUUUGAAGUAUUGUUGGAUUCCCUUUCUAAGGAAGGCCUCGUUAGGGUGGCUUCAGAAUACUUUGAUAGGAAAAGGAAGUUGCAUCCGAAUUGGAUUCCAUCAGUUCGUGUUUAUAAUAUACUGCUGAAUGGAUGGUUCCGAUCAAGGAAGCUGAAACAGGCAGAGCGGCUUUGGGUGGAAAUGAGGAGGGAGAAUGUGAAACCUAGUGUUGUAACGUAUGGUACACUUGUGGAAGGAUACUGCCGGAUGCGUCGUGCUGAAAUUGCAAUUGAGUUGGUGAGCGAGAUGAGGAGGGAAGGAGUUGAGCCCAAUGCUAUUGUGUAUAAUCCAAUAAUUGAUGCGUUGGGGGAAGCUGGGAGGUUAAAAGAGGCGCUGGGGAUGAUGGAGCGCUUUUUGGUCCUGGAAUCAGGCCCCACUAUUUCAACAUACAAUUCUCUGGUAAAGGGCUAUUGCAAGGCUGGAGACCUUGUAGGGGCUAGUAAGAUCCUUAAGGUGAUGAUAAGUCGGGGUACUGCCCCUACUCCAACAACCUAUAACUACUUCUUUAGGUACUUUUCAAAGCAUGGGAAAAUUGAGGAGGGAAUGAACCUUUAUACCAAAAUGAUUGAAUCUGGAUAUACCCCAGAUCGGCUUACUUUCCAACUUUUGUUGAAGAUGUUGUGCGAGGAGGAGAGAUUGGAUUUGGCAAUUCAAGUUAGCAAGGAAAUGAGAUCUAGGGGAUUGGAUAUGGAUUUAGCUACGAGCACCAUGUUGAUUCAUUUGCUUUGCAAUAUGCAUAAACUCAAAGAGGCUUUUGAAGAGUUUGAGGACAUGAUACGGAGGGGUUUAGUUCCUCAGUAUAUUACUUUCCAAAGAAUGGAUGAUGUGUUGAGGAAACAAGGAAUGAAUCAAAUGGCUCGGAAGCUGUGCAAAAUGAUGUCUUCUGUUCCCCAUUCAACAAACUUGCCGGAUACAUAUGUCAGAGAUGCAGAUGCAUCUCGCGCAAGGAGAAAGUCUAUAGUUCAGAAGGCCGAAGCAAUGUCUGAUUUGUUAAAAACUUGUUCAGAUCCAAGAGAACUUGUCAAGUUUAGAAGAUCGCCUGAAAAUCUUGUAUCGAGAGCGAACCAGUUGAUAGAGGAUAUUAAGAGAAAAGCUAACAUCCAGUGAUCUUGACUUUCUUUUCUUUGGUACUAGACAUUAAGUUUUGGAUUCUGUUGGCAUUCUUCGCGAGAAAGGUGAGUUAACUGCAGGUGCAGUAGAAAGGCAGUUGAGAGUUAUUUCAGGCAGAAGUAACAAAACAAUCUUUAUUCAUGUGCCGAUUGGUAAAACUUUGAUAUUUAUAUGGGAAAACCUGUGGGGCAACUACUUUUGGAGGAUUCCUUUCAUGAAUUGAGAUUAUUAGUAAUGUUAAACUUCUUGCAAUUUAGAUGUGAGUUCUGAAUCCUAAUGGGCUUCUGUUAUGAAGUCAAGUGGUUUGAAUACAGGUUCACUACACGUACAAGCUAAAUUGUACGGGUGCAAGUAAAAGAGAGACCGAAACAUAAGUUGAAUGUGUGUUCAAGCUUUGGUGGGAUAAAAUUUCCAGAUGUAUCUAAGAUGCGAAGUGGACUAGUGGCGAGGGGGCAACCAACAAUGCUUCUUUUGUUAAAGUUAGUGGAAGCUGGAUUUUGGAGUCUUUUGGGUUCCGGCAUACCCCAAAAGGAUGGUGAGGUCAGUGUUUCUGGUAAAUAUGCGGCAGUCAACCACUGAAACACACACUGUAUGCAGUGGCUAAUAACGUAACUUGAAGGAUAGGGUGUGACAUAUAAUAGUACAACUGAUAUAUUUCUUAGACUUUUUCUUUGAACCAGGCCUUGUUUGCAUGUGCAUUGGAUUUUUGCAUUUAGAGUUUGUCGAAGGGCUUCAAAGAACACACAUUAACGGGGUAUGGGUUGAAUUGAAGACAAAUUGAAGUUUUUUUCUCGUAUUUGUAAGUGGAAAUUGAAGAAGCUGAAGAACCCUAAAAACGUAGCUACCUGCCGUUCUAUGUUUUUGUGGGAGUGUUGUAUUUUACUGGCAGCUUUUCUUUACAAUUUCUUUUGUUAUGGACAAGGCAUUUUCAUCAUUUGAUAAGUUUGGUGUUUAGAGGAUUGUACAGUGUAUACUAGAUGCUAGAUGAAGUCUUAUCCCCGAAUAUAUCACCACCACGGUGUCUCGUGCCAUGUAAGUUGCUCUCUUCAUCCCAAAGAAAUUUGGAUGACUAGGUGAUUUUCAAUUCGAAUAAUUUUCUGUAUGGACGAUCUUUAAGUGAAGAUUAAGAAGUUGAAUGAUUUUGAUUAUGAAA